UUUGGCCGUCGAGGAAACACAGAAGGAGGCGUUUUUUGAGGAACGGGACGUGUUCCCGCGAGGUUUAGAUCAGUUGACUAAAUGCCACGUCUGAGAAAUAAUACCUACCAGUAACAUCGGCGUAGGCAAAAAAUAUUAACAGUUCACCCAGCAAAUUGCACAUAAUACAUACAGUUAUCCAACGGUUCAACAGACAGUGACAUUUGACACAAGCCGGGGGAAACUAUGACCUUGGUACGUCUGCUCGCUCUGACACUGGUCACAUCUGCAGUCCUGCUGCUAGCCUCCCAGUUAACCAUCGCUCACAGCCAUUCCCAUGAUCACGGACACUCCCACGGUCACCACGGCCACCAUCACCAUGGCCACGGCCACGGGCAUUCCCACGGAGAGGGUGGCUGCCACGGGCACUCUCACGGCCCUCAGGUGAAGAUGCACCACGGCGCGAGCAAGUGGAGUGCCGAGGCCAACCUCCCCCCGGCUGAGGAGGAGCAUCACGCACACUCCCACGAUCACGGGCACGCACACUCCCACGAUCACGGGCACGCACACUCCCAUGAUCACGGGCACGCACAUUCCCAUGGUCACGGACAUGGACAUGAGCAUCAUGAGGAUGUGGUCCGUGUGCACAAGGAGGAGAGCGGUCAUGGGCACUCGCACGGAGGGGACAGAGUGAAGAGGGAGGCAGAGGGAGAGAAGAGGGACCUGGUGGAGCUCUGGAUGCAGGCUGUCGGAGCCACCCUGCUGAUCAGCGCGGCUCCCUUCCUCAUCCUGUUUCUGAUCCCAGUCCAGUCCAACACAGACCAGCACCAGAACCUCCUCAAGGUGCUGCUCAGCUUCGCCUCCGGUGGGCUGUUGGGUGACGCCUUCCUCCACCUCAUACCGCAUGCUCUCGAGCCUCACUCUCACCAUGGAGGCGAAGAUCACGGCCACUCACACGCCAGUGAAGAAUCACAUGACCAUGGCCACUCACACGGAGCCGCCCACGGCCACAUGAUGUCAGUGGGCCUGUGGGUCCUCGGUGGGAUCGUGGCGUUCCUGGUUGUGGAGAAGUUUGUGCGCCUGCUGAAGGGAGGCCACGGCCACGGACACUCCCACGGCCACUCACAUGCUGCUUCCAAGGCAAAAGACAGUGAUGGAGAGGAAGAAAAGGAGGAGAAGAAGGAAGUGGCUAAAGAGAGCAAAGAGGCCAAGAAAGAGGAGAAGAAGAGCACAGAUAUUAAAGUGUCCGGGUAUCUGAACCUGGCCGCUGACUUCACGCACAAUUUCACCGACGGCCUGGCUAUCGGUGCGUCGUUCCUGGUCGGUCCAACGGUCGGCACGGUCACAACUAUCACCAUCCUGCUGCACGAGGUGCCGCACGAGAUCGGAGACUUCGCCAUCCUCGUUCAGUCUGGCUGUACCAAGAGAAAGGCCAUGUGUCUACAGCUGCUGACAGCCUUAGGAGCUCUGGCCGGCACAGCUUGUUCCCUAUUGGCCGAGGGCGUAGGUGCCGCAGCUACCGCCUGGAUCCUGCCGUUCACAGCCGGCGGGUUUGUUUACAUCGCCACGGUGACCGUGCUUCCAGAACUGCUGGCGGGACGCUCCACGUUCGGCCAGUCACUGAUGGAGAUUCUGGCUCUGCUGUUCGGAGUCGGCAUGAUGGUGCUGAUCGCCGAGUACGAGUGAAAUUUAGAGAGAGAGAGAGAGGGAGAGACUGAUGAAAGGGUGAGAGAGGGAGGGAUGUAGAGAACACAAAGAGAGGAAUGGUUCUAACAACAGGUGACAAUGCAAAAGACGAUUUGAAAUUUUGGGUGAGUUUGGGUAGAUGUUUUUGUCAGAGGUGUGAUUUUCAGUUUUUUAAUAUCAGGUUUUUAGUUUUGUUCUGGGACAGACAACAUUUUGUUGAAUCCUUUUUUUUUUCCAUCAUUAUUUUUAUUUUUGCGGUUCCAGAUCACAUCCCUGAUUUGUGUCAUUUGUUACUUUUUUAAAAAGGAAAAGAAAAAUGUUUUGUUUUUAUUUGUUUUUUGUCAUUUUUGUACAACUGUAUGGUGGGUCAACGAGAGAGAGAGUGCAGGGGAAGAUGACAAACUGACAAGAUGGAAAUUUUUUUGAGGACUUCUGUAAUGUUCCUCCUAGAGCCUUAAUCAGGACAGGAGAUCAGCUGUUUCUGUCCGCCAUUUUCAGUUGCUGGUUGGACAUCAAACUGACGAGCCACUUUGACUGCUUUAAACGUCAGCAGCAUCUUGCAAACACAAUCACAUGACACAAUGAUGACCGCUGGCUUGCAGCAGUGCCUGAUUAAAAAACAACAAAAAACAACAACAACAACAAAAACAAACUGUCCAGCCACCAGCCAGAAUUUACCUAGAUCUGGUUUGUGGCUCUUGGCGGUUUUUCCAACAGCCAUUCCACAAGGCAAAACUGAAAUAAUGAAAUUAGUGAAAUCUCUUUUUCAAAUUUGGUUUGGUCAGUUACAAGUUCAAAUAAUAAAAAAUAAUGGUUUGUGAAAGGCAAAGGUUACAGAGAGUAAAUCAUUAUUGCUGUGCAAACCACACCGGUCAUUUUUGUGCAAGAGAUGGAUGGCGAAGACUGAUGAUGAAGAUUCCCGCUAUGAUGAGUAAUAAAGGUUCAGAUUUUUGCACACUGUUAAUGCAUAUUGAGACAUUCCCUUGAAAAGUAAUAUGCCAUUGUAUUGUGGUGUUAUGUUAAUCUGUAAAUGCGUCACAGGUCAGACAUUUUUGACAGAAAAGAGACCAAAAUGUCAUCGAUGUUGUAUUGUUGCUCAGCCUUGUGAUGAAGCAGCGAGUGGCUGACAUUGAUCCAGCUGCAGUCACAGACCAAACCACGAGGGCGACUCAGACCUUUGAGAAUUUGAUUGGUUUUCGAGGCCUUUUGUGUUCCUGCACUGGUCUGGAAAAGGACUCUGAUCAUUUUAAUCUCUGGAAAAGUUGUGUUUUAGCAAAAAGGGCAUUUUUUUUUUGACAAAUGUAUCUAUCACUGAGUCAGAUAUGACAUUGUGGUCCUUGUGUUUGUGGAGAGUAAUUUUCAGCUAUGCAGUGAUGUUUAAUUGAGUCAUGUUGCUCAGCUUUUACCAGCUUUCACUGAACACCGUCCAAAAUCUAAUCCAGUCAAGAAAUAAAAGGUUUGGAAAAUUUUGAAAUGGAAAA